UCAAAAGGAGGUGAGCAGAAGGGAAGUCACGUUGACCUCAUUUGUUUUCAUCUGCAGUUGACCUUCCAGUCACGAAUCAAUGUACAAUUAUGGAGAGAAAAAAGAGGGCACUUUUUAUGAUAUGUCAGUUCCUGGAGGAGCAAGGUUAUCAACAAACUUUGAAACAACUUAUUGCAGAAAGUGAAUUUCAGUAUGAUGCGAAAUCGAGUGACUCUUGUGCAUCAGGGAAGCUGCUAGCCCUUAUUGAUGAUGAAAUGACAGAUAAGGAAGGGAAAACACGGAAUAAGAGAAGUGAGCUUUUAUCUGGAGAUGGAAAUUUUGUCAAUGAGGAGUAUUGUGUUAUUUGUGGAUUUGCAGGAAGUGCAAAUGUGUUAGCUUCCCAGCUAUCUUCAAAUGGAGUUCUUGCAUCAUCAUGUUCAGGCACAUUGCUCUACACAUUUGAACUGGGAAACGAUUUUAAAGCUUCAUCUGUGACCACAAUUCCUAAGUCACAUCCAUUCCAUUCAGCAGCUGUUCUUUGCCUUGAUUUUCACCCAACCAAAAAAAGUCUUCUCUUAACUGGAGGAAUGGAUGGAAUGGUUUGCUUAUGGGAUCUUGAAGCCUCACAAAUUCCCUUAGAACAUUAUAAAAAUCACAAAAAGUAUGUUGUAAGAGUGAAAUGGUCCCCUUCAGGCCGUUACUUUGCCACAGCUUCCUAUGACAAAAGCAUUUGCAUUUUCAGAAUAAAGGAAGAAGAAGCUUCUGGUUUUGAUUUACUGAAGAAGCUAGAUCACGCUGGCUGCGUUGAGGCGAUCUGUUUCAAGAAGGACACUGAUGUUCUUAUUGCUUCUGUGAGAGACGACAAUAUGCUUUCGAUUUACGACCUUGCGAAGGAAAAUAUUAACGAGUGUGAUCAGUUGAACAUGAAUGCGUUUGGGGAUGAUUACGUCAGCUUCAAUGCCAUGGACUUGAACAUUUCUCCAAGUGGCAGAUAUCUGCUCACCAGCACAGAUCAGCAAAGAAUUAUCCUUUUUGACAUAAAUGAUGGAGCACAGGUAGCCAAUUAUUAUGGGGUCAUUAACGAUGAAUAUAGUCAGCCGAGGAACUGCUGGCAUCCCUCUGAACGAUAUUUCUACACGACUUCUGAUGACAAUAGUAUUUGCGUCUUUGAGGUUUCAUCCGGCAAAAUUGUCCAGAGAUUAAAAGGACAUGAAGGGCGCGUGCGGGAUUUGAUGUUCUGCAAUGAAUUUUCAUUGCUUGUAUCAAGCAGUUAUGAUUCGACUGUGCGCAUGUGGCAUCAGAACCAAGACAACAGCUGCAGAUCUUAGUAAACUGGUUUGAUUAUAAGAAAUUUUAGAAAUAGAUUGUAAAGAAAUUAUUAAAUUUUGAAUUUUUAUUUAGAUAUAACAUAUAUUUAUAUGAUAGGUUUUUCAAAAUUAUUUUGAAAUGAACACGUUUUUGGUA